AUGGUCGAUACAUGGUACGAUUACCAUUCCGUAAAGAUGAUAGACGACUCGAUAGAUGAAUCACGUACUGCCGCUCUUAAACGCCUGCAAUCUCUCGAACGUAAACUCAACUCGGAUUCACAUUUAAAAACAACAUAUUCACAAGUAAUACAAGAGUAUUUAGAUCUAAAGCACAUGUCUCCAAUCGAUGAGCCACUUGACGACGGGUUUUACAUGCCGCAUCACGCAGUGAUUAAGAAUUCGAGUAACACGACCAAGGUCCGCGUGGUGCGUCGAUGCGUCAGCGAAAACAAAUACGUGUUGUCUGCCGAUAUAGAAAAAAUGUAUCGGCAGAUAUUGCUACAUCAAGACGAUCGAAUAUACCAACGUGUGCUUUGGCGUCAGGACGGUCAAAUUAAGACUUUCCAGCUUAACACGCUCACUUUCGGCGUGUCUUCAUUAUCUUAUCUCGCGAUACGCACCAUUCAAAAACUCGCCGAUGAUGAACGCGACGAGUUUCCUAAUGCCGCGGAAGUCCUUAAAAAUCAUCUUUACGUUGACGACUUAUUGACCGGAGCAAGAACUAUCGAGGAAGCGCGUUCGCUGCGAAAUAAGUUAAUUACGCUAUUAUCUCGCGGCGGCUUCAACAUCCGACAAUGGGCCUCAAACGAGAAACGCGUUAUCGAGGAUCUAAGUCUUGACGCCGUGAAUUCCAAUCUUGUAAUUGACAAGGCUGGUGCUUUAAAAACGUUAGGUAUAUCGUGGUCCGCAAGCAAUGACAUGUUAACUUACUCGGUCCGUUCUAUCGAUCGCACCAGACGGAUCACGAAACGAACCGUCAUAUCAGAAAUUGCCAGAAUAUUCGAUCCUUUAGGCAUUUUAGGGCCAGUUAUCUUAUAUGCCAAAAAACUAAUGCAGGAUUUAUGGCGAUGCAAGGUAAAGUGGGACGAAUCCAUCCCCACCAGCAUACAUUGCGCAUGGGUCGAAUUCGCGGCACAAUUAGAUUCUAUUAACAAGUUAUCUAUUAAUCGUCAGAUAUUAAUUCAUAACUAUAUUGACGUUCAGAUCCACGGAUUUUGCGACGCGAGCAAUACAGGCUACGGCGCCUGCUUAUACAUUCGCUCGAACGAUGGAUAUAACACGCAUUGUUAUCUUCUAUGUGCUAAAUCGCGGGUCGCGCCGCUAAAAACCGUAACGAUACCGCGUCUCGAGUUAUGCGGUGCACUUCUUUUAUCCAAAUUAUACAAUGAGGUUCGUCGCGUGAUAAAAUUAGACUUCAGCAAAAUAGUUAUGUGGUGCGAUUCGACUAUAGUACUAAAUUGGUUGAGGACUUCAACGCAUCUUUUAAAACCUUAUGUAUCCCAUCGAGUCGCGCAAAUACAGGAAAUCACACAGCCACAAAUUUGGCGACAUGUUAGGACAAAGGAUAAUCCAGCCGAUGCGUUAUCCAGAGGUCAGCUACCAAAGGACUUUUUAAAUAAUCAUUCUUGGUUCUCGGGGCCGUUUUGGCUAAAGAAAUGUGAAAACGAGUGGCCUAAUAACAUAAUAGAAUUAAACGAAAUACCGGAACUUAGAAAAAACAUUUGUUUGACAACCGACGUCGUUGAUUAUAGUAUCUUACAGAGAUAUUCAUCAUACUCGAAACUGCUGCAUAUUGUGGCGUGGUGCCUGCGUUUUCAUCCGAGGAACACGUACCGUGGACAAUUACAUAUAAACGAGUUAGAAGAAGCAGAAAUCAAAAUAAUAAAAAUCAUCCAAACUCAUAGCUUCUCGCGCGAAUUAAAAGAAUUGAAACGCGGGCGGUCGGUAAAUAAAACCAAUAUCGCCGCUUUGAGUCCAUUCAUUGACGAAAAUGGCAUAAUUCGCGUCGGCGGAAGGUUGAGUAGGUCUAGAUUGGCGUACGCACAAAAACAUCCAAUUUUAAUACCGAGUCGCCAUUUCCUCACUGAUCUCAUUAUUAGAGAGACGCACGAAAGGUAUUAUCAUACCGGCAUUCAAACGACACUGUACAUGAUUCGGCAAAGGUUUUGGCUGCUCGAUGGACGUAACCAGGUCCGCAAAAUCAUAAAAUCGUGUAUACGUUGUUUUCGAUUUAAUACAGACACCGUCAACUAUAAAAUGGGCGACUUGCCGAAGAAUCGAGUGCGUGAAGCGUUUCCAUUCGCGAAUACCGGUAUAGAUUUCUGCGGACCUUUCUACGUCAAAGAGAAAAAACAUAGAAACCGGAAUCGAGUCAAGACAUACGUAUGCGUCUUCAUAUGUAUGGUAGUAAAGGCCGUCCACCUGGAAGUGGUGAGCGAUCUCACCACCGACGGAUUCCUUGCCGCUUUGCGACGUUUUGUGUCAAGACGCGGCGUUCCGACUCAUAUACACUCUGAUAACGGGACCAACUUUGUUGGAGCUAACAAUGAGUUGAAGGAAUUAUACCGUCUUUUUAAUUCUGAAAAACAUAAAAAUAAAAUUAAUCAAUUUUCGUUAGAACACCGCGUCACGUGGCAUUUCAUACCACCCGUUACUCCACAUUUCGGUGGACUAUGGGAAUCCACGGUAAAAAUAUUCAAACACCAUUUUAAGCGCGUAGUCGGAGACACUUUAUUCACCUUAGAAGAAUUUAAUACCUUCACCAUAGAAAUCGAAGGUAUAUUAAACUCGCGACCUAUAUCCGCUCUUUCCUCCGAUCCUAAUGACCUCUCCGCCCUUACACCUGCGCAUUUUUUGAUCGGUAAGCCGUUGAAUAAUCUACCUGAGCUCGAUCUCUCAUCUGUCCCAGCAAAUCGCCUAUCUACCUGGCAACACAUCCAAAAGGUGCGACAAGAUUUCUGGUCACGAUGGCAUUUAGAAUACCUCAACGAGCUACAAGUUCGACACAAGUGGAUCAAAAAUGGAGAAAAAAUCACCAUCGGAAUGAUUGUGCUUGUAAAGGACAAAGGAUUCCCUUGUCUGCAAUGGGCUCUGGGCAAGGUCACAGAAAUUCAUCCCGGUGAAGAUGGAAUCCCACGAACCGUGACUAUCAAGACUCGUCCUGGAAUGCUGAAGCGUUCAGUGAAGUGUCUAUGUCCACUUCCUAUCAAUCUAUGA